AUGACAGUCGAAGCGAUGAACUACAUCCAGCCCUCCAAGGCUGUGCUGUCUCCACUAGCAUACACAGAGGACCGGGUCAAGAGGGAUGAAGUCUAUGACGAAAGGCCACAGCUGCAGCGUUUCAAGGACGAGAACGCUUGGCUGCCAGUGCACGAAGAAAACUCUGUUGUAGAGGCAUGUCGUGUUUCCAUUCGAGUCGACUUACAGCAGGUUCAACCGAUCCAUCGCGAGCUCGCAGCAGAGUCGAGGUGCUAUGGCCACGGACCACCUGCAGAGGUUGUCGCCGAGCAAGAUCUUGUUCCGGUCACAGUCUCCGAGUGCAUGGUAUGCGCCGGGGCUCGGAACACCAUGAACGAACUGCACGACCCCGUCAUAGGAAAGAGUCUCAAGAUCAUCCCGAAGAUGGCUGGAGCCUCCUCACCGCCCUUUGCGAGCCCGGUGAAGAGAGGAACGACUGCCUCGCCAACGCUCGGGGUCUCCCAAGACAGGAGCACAUUGUACACUGCACCAGGAGGAGUCCAAUGGAAGCUUCCGGUUGUCGUAGGCAGGUCAGCAAUCCGAACAUACAGGAGCGAUGUGACAGGAAGAAACUCUACGGAGCUCUUGCAUGAUGAAGGGAAAGAGAGGGUGUUGCAUCGGCAGACUUCUCUCUCCUUCUGUCAGAACUGGUUCAAGAACUGA